AUGAUUAAAAAUAUUAUUAAUAAAAGAUUAUAUACCAUUUCAAAGCCACUAUAUAUAAAUUUCAAUAUUAAACCAACCAAUAAAACCCAAAUAGAUUUAACCCAGCAAGUUAGUUCUUCUGACGCUACAACAGGCUCAACCAAUAAUGGAAUAAACGAGGUAGAAGAGGAAAAUGUGAAAAUUGACCCAAGAUUUGUACGCUCUUUUAAUAGCGCAACCACCUAUGAUCCAUUUGAUUUUUCUUUGGCUAGAUUACAUUUGGAUAAAAAAUAUUCGAAUAUUCGCUCAGAAAAUGACUUUUUAAAUAAAAUCAAUGCAGUCGAUUUAUACGUUUAUCCACAAUAUUUAUCCAAGUUUUUGACCUCCAGUGGUAAGAUUGUACAUAGGGAUGUAACAGGAUUGAGUGCUAAAAACCAACGCCGUAUAAGCAAAGCCAUCAGAAGAGCACAAGCUAUUGGUUUGUUAAGCAAAGUCCAUCAAGAUGUGAGUAUGUUGCCUCCAAAUUUUAACAACAACUUUUAG